UGACUUGACCUCCUUCCAACCACUCAGUCAAGAACAAAUGUCGGCACGCCUCGAUUGAGUGUAAGAUGCAGUGCAUUUUCGUCUUUUUUUUUGUGUUCUUUUUUUGUUCCGUUGUCUCUGUUUCAAACGACGUUUAUUGUUCUAUCAUUGUUGGAAGAUGUUGGAUCCCUUUCUUCUUCGCGUCAGAACUCUUUGGCGUGAAGCAAAUGCUUUUAAUGCCGAUGUAUCCUUCCCCAUUGGAUUCUAGUCUUAAAUGGGUCAUCCAACAGGACACGCGCUUCAGAAGUGAUGCGGGUCGUUUGUUUUGAGAGUGAUGGAAGAUGGCACGCAGGACAGCCCCCUUCUGAACGUACAUGAAAGCACAAUCGUCCACAUCCCCUUUCCUGCCUUACUUGCUUCUAUUCUUUGCC